AUUAUUAUUAUCUUAAUUUGUGGUCACCGCAGUUCUCCACUGAUUCACAUUUUACGGCUGCUGCAUUCGAGCAUCUAACAAUUUAAAAUUUAUCUUUGAACUCGUUCAAAUUAUAUUGAAUAGACCGUGAUUCGUGUAGUACAGUUAUGGCCAACAGUAAAGGUGCUGAAACCAACGAUGUAUUCCAAGAAUUGGACGUCGACCGAUUAGAAGUAAACGUAAUCGAGAGUUUGUGCUUUAGUUGUGGAAAGAAUGGUACCACACGGCUCUUGUUGACACGCAUUCCAUAUUACAAAGAACUGGUAAUAUCAUCAUUUGAUUGUCCACACUGCAAUUAUAAAAAUAAUCAGUUGGAUCCAGCAAUUGAAAUUAAGCCACAAGGUGUUCGUAUGUCUUUAAACAUUGAAAACAAAGAAGAUUUGGAUAGAUAUGUGAUAACAACGGAUUACACAAGUAUACAAGUGCUUGAUUUAGACUUUGAAAUACCACCAAUGUCACAACGAUCACAAGUAACUACUGUUGAAGGCAUACUUACUAAGACGGUUGCAAAUUUAAGUGAACAAAAAAAAGUUAUUGAUCUAACACACCCUGAAAUAGCAUCAAAGAUGGAAGUUGUAAUUAACGGAUUGAUUGGUAUCAAAAAUCUAACCAAGCCCAUUCCAAUGAUGGUUUUUGAAGAUGCAACUGGGAAUAUAUUUGUUUCAAAUCCUGUUGCGCCCCAGGCUGAUCCCAGAAUGAAAACGGAAAUGUUUACUCGUGACAGUGCCCAGGAUGAAAUGAUUGGAUUAUCAGCAGAACAAGACACAACCAAUGAACAGUCAAUUAUCAAACCAUUAGGCACUUUUAAUGAUUCAUCUGUUAAUAAUAUGAAUGAUGAAAUUGUUCAAUUUAGUGACCCAUGUCCAAAUUGUCAAUCGAUUUGUGAAACUAAUAUGAAAGUGACAGAUAUUCCAUACUUCAAACAAGUUGUGAUUAUGGCUACUACGUGUGAAGAAUGUGGCUAUCGUACUAAUGAGGUUAAACCAGGAGGUGGUGUUGAAAAGCAAGGAUUACAAAUUACUGUUAAAGUAUCAGCUCCGGAAGAUUUAAAUAGGGAUAUAUUGAAGUCAGAAACAUGUUGUCUUCGUAUUCCACAAUUGGAUUUUGAAGCUGGUGCACUUUCGUUGAGUGGUCGCUUCACUACUAUUGAAGGUCUCAUAACAUCAUUAUAUGAACAAUUGAAGGAUACUGCUACAGCAUUUUAUUCUGGUGACAGUCAGUCUGGAGGUGUUCUAGCCAAAACAGAAAUAUUUUUGGAAAAAUUGAACAACAUUAAAACUUGUAAAAUGCCAGUAGAUAUUAUACUCAUUGAUCCGGCAGGAAAUAGUUAUGUCCAGAGCUUAACACCUCCAGAUUUGGAUCCGAAACUUACAAUCAUGCGGUUUGAUAGAACUGAUGAACAGAAUGAAGAGCUGGGAUUAAAUGAUAUGAAAGUUGAUGGUUAUGAAAAAAAUGUAUAAAAUAUUAUUCGAUUAAAUCAAUAUAAUUAAACUUAAUUAUAUCGUAAAUUUAAUGCAGUAAUAUUAUGAUUCAUAUUUUUGUACUGUGGUUACAACCAUAAAUGUCAUAUUUUUGAAAUUAAUUUUUCAUUUAUUGCAAAAUUUCAAUUUUCUCUUAGUUGUAAGAGUUAUGCAAUCAUAUUUUAAAUUCCUAUGUAAUACAAUUUAUUGGAAUUUUAUA